GGCUUGAGCAGUUUCAAUAGUUGGGCUGCACAAAAGGUCCGUCGAUUGAAAGAUCGUAGGCUGUGAGCCCGCUUGAUGUUCUGCGUUCUGGAAAAAAAAGCGCAAAGAAAGAAAUAGGAAAAGAAAAAUCGUUACGGAAAAACGGAGGAAGCCGAAGGCGACGGAGCUUCGCUUUUACUGUGCCGAGGACAGUGACCGUGCGGCGUGAAGCGUACCGAUCAUUCGACAAACUCCUAAUCGGGUUCUUUAUUUUAGGGAAGGUACCGAUGUUCAAUCUUAGCCUUAUUGAGCACAAGCUACGCUUGCCUCCUCAUCUUCUUAGCCUUCCACUACAAGAUGCCGUCAAGUCAGUGCUUGAAGAUCUGUUCUUAGACAAGGUUAUUGCGAAUUUGGGGCUUUGUGUUUCUGUUUAUGACAUCAGAGACAUUAAAGGUGGCAUUAUCUUUCCUGGAGAUGGCGCUUCUACAUACACGGUGAAGUUCAGGUUGCUUCUGUUUCGUCCAUUUGUGGGAGAGAUCAUAACUGCUAAACUAAAAGAAGCGGAUGCUAAUGGUUUACGCUUGUCCCUUGGAUUUUUUGAUGACAUUUAUGUCCCUGUUCAUCUUUUGCCAAAUCCAUCUCGCUUUGAGCCUGACCCACAUAAUGGGUACCAACCUAUGUGGACAUGGGAAUUUGAUGGUGAAAAGUUACCCAUUGAUGAGACAGAUGAGAUUAGGUUCAGAGUUCAUGGGGUGAACUAUCCUUCAAUUCCACUUGAGCAACCAGAAUCUUCAAAGCCAUUUGCACCUAUGGUCAUUACUCAAGGCCCAAGGAGAUAUCAGCCCCUAAACGUGUUGUUUUUCCAAGAUGUGACCUGAUGGCUGCACACUUACAAAUACUGCUGUAAAUCUUUGCAUGAGUUCUGCAAAUGAAACGGUAAAAGUCCAUAUGAAGGCAGCAUUAGAGCAAUUUCCCUUGGUAGAAAAUUCUAAAUAUCUGGUUUUUCAUAUUUUAUAAGGAAUAUAUUUGCACUCAUUGUAUUCAAAUAUUGAUUUUUAUUUUUGUUUGCCAUGAGGAUAUUUCUCCUCCCACAAAAACCACUGUUUGUAGAUUUUUUUAUUGCACUUUCAUCUUAUCAUGUAUGCUCGGAUGCUCCUCACUGAAAUGCGGACCUCAAUUUCCAAGGCUGAUUUCACAUUAUCAGUUUAAAGGUCAUUCUAAUCGGUUUAAAGGAUUGUUUGGCGUUAUGAUUUUGGUAAUCAUAAAUCUAAUCCAAAUGUUCUACUUAUCAAUGGAGUUUUGUAGAUAAAUUUAGCGAGUCUUAUAUGAUAAGUUUGAAGUUUGGAUUGAUUGCUUUUGCUCUCAUGAUCAAGCUUUUUUAGCUGCAUAGUUGUGUUGUUGGAGAUUAAAAAAAACUCUAUUUUCGAUAUCCUUGAAUUUGAUUGUUGAAUGAUUUGUUGGAAUUGCUCUAUAUACAAAAUAAAACAAUUACAGGUACCCCAUUCUGACAUCAUUGCAGUAGAAUAAUAUUGAGAUGGAACUAUGGAAGCACUCCUUGCAUUUCUAUGACAUAUUCUGCUCGUUUGCUGAUAGAAUCAAAUUACGAGCUUUGUUUGCUGUAUUGAGAAGGCAAUUGCUUACUCCUUAAUAAAUUUCUGAUUCUGUUA